CCACACUGGCGCGGCGCAGCUACGCGCGCGUUGCAUGGGAGCACGUGACCCGGCUCCAGUGCAGUCGGCGGUGCGCAUGCGCGGUGCCGUUUUCGCUUAGAGGUGGCAGCAGGUGGGGACCGCGGUGCGGGGAGGCGGCUUCCUCCGCCCCCCACGUGCGGAGGGAUCCCCGUGGAGGGCGCUGCGGCUCGCAGGUAGCUGUUGUUUACUACUCAAGAGUAACGCUACUGUAAAUUCUGCAGAACUACUACAAAUGAUAGAAUGAAAGAAUGAAAGUUUCAAGGAUUUCCACUGCAAACUGCUUUUUAUGAAACACUGCUUAAAAAGGGUCAAGAUGGAUAGCACAGAUGAACCUCAGAAAAAGGUCUUUAAAGCACGGAAAACGAUGCGAGUAAGUGACAGACAACAACUUGAAGCUGUCUAUAAGGUUAAAGAGGAGCUAUUGAAGACAACUGAAGUUAAGCUGUUAAAUGGAAAGCAUGAGAAUGGAGAUUCUGACUUAAAUUCCCCUUUAAGCAAUACCGAAGGUACAGAGGACAAGAGGGAAGUUAAUGGCAUAGUGAACUUGUGUGCUAACUCUGAAGAGGGAAGAUCAGUUUCUGAUGAGACUAGUGAAGCCAAAAGCCCUGAAAGUAGGUUAGGGAACAUAGUCAAUGACAUGGAACCCAAGCCUCCAACGUUGUCUCCAGAGAAUGUUAAUACUGAGCAAGAUAAAGAUAGUGAUACUGCUUUAGCUAGUGAGGCUGAAAAUAGAGUGCUUGGUAGCAAUAAAGAUAACUUCCAUGAAGAAAAUAAUGCAAAAGAUCAUUUGGACCAAAGAGAGAGUGACAUCCCAUCAGAAGGUGAAAGUAAAUCAGCUUGUGAUAUUAGUGACUCUUCAGAAGAGAAAGGAGAGAAAAAGGACUUAAAUAUUUUUUCCAAUUCAUCUGGUGAGGAAAAGAAGACCGAAGAAGCAACUGUUGAAGAUGCUGUUGGAGAGGAAACUAUCUCUAGCAGUAUGGAAGCUGACCAGGAACCAAAGGAUGAACAAGAUGUCACUGCAGGUAUUUCAGAAAGCACUGGUCAGAAAGUAAAAGAUGAUGCAAGUGAAAGUAUCUUGAACAGUGCUGAGUCUAUGGAAACAGAUGAAAUAAUUCCAAUUUUGGAAAAACUAGCCCCUGCUGAAGAUGAACUGAACUGUUUUUCUAAAAGUCCUCUCGUUCCAGUGGAUGAUACAGUCCCAGAUUUAGAAGAGAAAAUAGACAGCUGUUUGGGUUCACCAUCCAAGCAGGAAAGCAAUGAAAGUCUGCCAAAAGAGGCAUUCUUAGUACUGUCUGAUGAAGAAGAUCCCUGUAAUGACAAGGAGGAACAUUCCGAAGUGAUACUACCAAACAAGUCAAGUCUUCCAGAAGAAGUGGAGGAGAAGGGAAAAAAGGAGUGUGAAGAGGAUAAAGAAGGAAAAGAGGCCCACAAAGAAGAGGAGGAACACACAGAGAAAAGUGAAGUAUCAAGGAGAAAACGUUCCAAAUCUGAGGACAUGGACAGUGUUCAUUCUAAACGUCGCCGGUACAUGGGAGAAGAUUAUGAAGAAGAACUCGAAGUAAAAAUUACAGCAAGAAAGGAUGUUGACCAAAAAUUAGAAAAGAUUAUCCAGAGACUGUUAGAGGAAAAACUUACUGCUUUACAGUGUGCUGUGUUUGACAAGACCCUGGCAGACUUGAAAACCCGAAUAGAGAAAGUAGAAUGUAACAAAAGGCACAAAACUGUGCUUACUGAACUACAGGCUAAAAUUGCCAAAUUGACAAGGCGAUUUGGAGCAGCCAGGGACGACUUGAAGAAGAGACAGCAAAGUUCACCAAAUACACCUCAGUCUCCAGCAAAAGCAGCAGGUGACACUGCAAAUGCAAACAGUGCGACAUAUCGAAAUGCUGGCACAGUGAGGCAGAUGUUGGAGUCAAAGAGGAAUGUAGCAGAAACUACAUCAGCAACUUUUCAAGCACCCGUGACUUCAGUGACAGCUUCCAGUCUUGCUGCUCCUACAACAGUUGUCAGUGGACAUCCUAAGCCUCAGGCUCCAGUGACCUCCACCAGCUCUUUGACAACAACAGUUCUACCCACAGCUAACACAGCUACAGUUGUAGGUGCUAACCCAGUGCCCAGUGGCAGCACUCAGUCAGUGUCUGUCUCUUUGCAGUCUUUGCCUGUAAUCUUUCAUUUACCCGUUGCAGUGUCAUCCCAACCCCAACUCCUGCAAGGCCACACAGGGACUUUGGUCACUAAUCAACAGUCUGGCAAUGUUGAAUUUAUACCUGUACAAAGCUCAUCUACAGUUGGUGGCCUUACCAAAACGACAGUGUCUUUGACAUCAACUAACCCAAUGAAACCAAAUAACAGCCCAUCUGUUCCCAGUACUAAUAUUCAAAAGAACUCUCCAGGCAGUGCUGUGUCAAUAGGCACCACGUUGGCAGUACAGGCUGUUUCUACUGCACAUGCUGUUGCCCAGGCCACAAGGACUACUUUGCCCACAGUGGGUACUUCAGGACUUUAUAACGCUACCAGCAGUCGAGCCCCCUUACAGAUGAAGAUUCCCCUCCCUGCGUUUAGUAAUACAGCACCUAUUGAACCACCCACCAUUACAGCGCCUAGAGUUGAAACCCAGACAAGCAGGCCACCAACAGAUACUUCGUCAAACAAGCGAAUUGCUGAGGGAACAAUGCAGCAGUUGAAACAGGAAGAGACUUCAUCAGAAAAUAAAGAAGCGGUACAAGCAGCACAGACGAAUUUUAUCAUCCCCAGGAAUGUCCUCUUUGUCUUGGAGGAAGAGGAAGAGGAUGCUAAGAGCAUCAAAAACACCCACAAGCAGACUGGCUGGGCAACUAACGUAUUAAAACAAUGGCUGGCCAAAAAUGGCAAGGAUCCUAGCUUUGAAUUGGUCCCAGUAAGUGAACUCAAUGAUAUCUUAAAAGAGUUUUAUUGCACAAUAAGGAAUCACGAUGGAAAUACCUACAGUGUGGCAAGCUACAAGUCAAUACGUGCUGGCUUAAACCGGCAUCUCAAAAUGCCACCUUAUAAUCGUCAGAUUUCCUUAAUGAAGGACAAAGAGUUUGCUAGUGCAAACAUGGUAUUUUUGAGCAUGAUGAAGAUGCUGCACAUGCAGGGUAAGGAUGAGACUCACCACCAUCCUCCUAUAGCUGCUGAGGACUUGCGUAAGAUUAAACAAUCUGGUGUGCUGGGAUUGCACAGUCCACUGGCACUCAUCAACAAGGUGUGGUUUGAUUUGCAGUUGCAUUUUGCCAAACGAGGGAGUGAAAUUUUAAGAGAUCUGGCUCCAGAUGCUUUUGUUAUUGAGAAGGACAAGAACGGUCGUCGAUAUGCUGUGUUUAGAUAUCGUGGCAAAGGAAAAAGUGGAGAAGAUCCUCGUAAAACGCGUAAAAUGUACGAUAUGCCAGGGGACCCAAACUGCCCUGUUUAUUCUUUGGAGCUUUAUUUGUCUAAAUUACCUCCAGAGCCCCCUGCCUUUUACCUGCAUCCUUUAAAGCUAACAGCAGAGCAAAUGCAAGAACAGCCUGUCUGGUACAAAAGAGAACCAAUGGGUGUGAACUACUUGGGUACCAUGAUGCCUAGGAUAAGUGUGGCAGCCAGGCUCUCUCAAAGAUACACCAAUCAUUCGCUCCGAGCCACCACCACCCAACUACUGUGUGAAGCAGGACUGGGGCCUAGAGAAGUAAUGGCGGUGACAGGCCAUCACUCCAGGUCUGCUAUUAGACAGUACAGAGGAGCAGCAGCAGGUCGCUACAAGGCCUGGUCAGAAGUAAAGGGGAGUAACACCUCCAGUUACCUACGUAGCAGGAUCCCAAAUGAAAUGAUAAAACAAUCACCAUCUGGUGCCUCCACCUCUUCCAUAAACCAUGUUGUUCUAGAACAGAGCAAAAUUAUAAACCCUAAGAAGUGUGUGGUACCACUUAACACUAAUUAUGUGACUUUAGUUGCUGGGGGACAACCAGCUCGGAAUUCCAAAAAAUAAGUCCUGUUGAAUCACAAUUCUUCUAAGGUGUUUCUCCCCAGGAACGUGGCGAUUGGGAAUCUCACUGCCAGCCCCCUUUGAGACGGUUUCAAUCAACCUGUCUUUAUAAAGCCAAUGACUUGAUGCUUCCGUAGCAGAACAGAUUUCUAAUGAAUUGCUAAAACAGAAAAAAUAUCAGAUUUGGCUUUUCAUUUGAUAUACUAAGGAAAUUUCUUAUGGUCAAGUUCAGCAAGAAGUAUCCUGUUUGCACUCCUGAAGUGAGCUAUGAAGCAGAAGCUUAAACAGAGCAGGGCUUGAGUUUGUAUGACUUUCUUUGGCAGCUGGGACUCUAAAGUGGCUGAGCAGAGCUAUUUAAAAAAAAAAAAAAAAUGAAAGGGAGAGAGUGAUUUCCACUUAGCUGAAGAGCCAGUGCAUUCUUCACUAAGUGUAUGGCUUUUAUAUUUUGUGAAGAGUAUAUUUAUUAUACCAUUUCGUGCCUGCUGGCACUAAUGUAGCAUCUUACAAAUCAAAUACUUGAUUACUGAAGAGCAUGGAGAAAGUAGAAGUUGAGUCAAAUAGACAGAGAAACACACUACAAAUGUAUACAUAUGCAUGAAAACACCUGGAAUUGCUUGAGCACUGUCACCUUCUCUGUUCAAACUGGUAUCAGAUCUAUCAGAGGACUGUGCUUUUUUUUUCUUCUAAAUUGCUUUUCAGUGAGCUACAGAUUUGUAUUGCAGGUCUUUCCUUUUCCUAUUUAAUAUUUCUGGCUAAGAUUUAAGUCACUCUGUUCUCCAAAGGCAUUAUUUGAUACAAAUGAUAGUAAAAUUGGGAUCUCUUCAAUUGUGCAUGAAAUGGGGAAAACCUUCUCAAAAGAGUUGAGAGCAAGUUUGUUGCUCAAAUGAAAAGUAAUUAGAGUUGAAAUGUUGUCUCUGUAUGUGCUUAUCUUGUGAGAGAUUUUUUUGUAUUUGUUCUCAUCUGCCUUUUCCAUUAUAUUUCACGCUGUUUUUGCAGUUAUAGUCUUUGCCAGUAUAAUAUAAUUCACAAGAAUCACAUCCUGUUCUUUGUCACCAAACUUUAUCCAAAUACUGUUUUCAGUUUUAACUCGUUUACUAUAGUGAACAUAGGAGAUUUUUAGAGAUUAAAAUUCUCAGGAUAGUGGAUGCAGAUUUUGUCAGAUAAAUUGUCGUUUUAAAGGCUCUUUGAUGAAAAGAAAACAAAUUAGGAGCUCUUAUCAUAAUUCAUUUUUAAUGAACCACGCUUUGAGUCUAAUUCAGGUUUUGUCUCUGCUGUUCUGUGCCAUACUUUUCAUGAGAGUUUCUGACAGAGGGAUCUUCCUGUAAAUAGAAAUAAAAAACUGGUCACCAGGUCACAAAUUGUAGUAGGUCCACUUUGGAAGAAAAAACAGUGUAGCAUUCAGAACUAUUUUCCAUUAUCUGAAUGGAAUAAGAAUGUAUUCAUCUUUUUGAAAUGCAUGUGUAUAUGCAUGCACACUCACAUGCACACACACAUGGUUUAUCACACUAUGGACUUCACUGCAAGUGUUUAUGUUGCUCAACAGUGGACAAACUAGAGAAAAAUCUCAUCUGAAAUAAUAAAUUUACCAUGAUAAAUCUUAAUUUCAUGGAGAACUUCUUUGCUGGGAAAGGCUUUCAAAGAUGAAUGAGAUUUACCACUUCAUUAUAGUGUGAACAGAGGAUGUGAUGCCUGAACUUUAGAGUUUUUAUCUUGGCUGAUAACAUUUACCUUUGUGGCCUUGUGUGGGUUAUUCACACUCACUGCAUCAAUUUUCCAAAGUGUAAAAUCAGCACAGUGUUCCAUCUUCUAGUGGAUCAUAUUAAAGAUUAAAAGGUUUUGAAAGUCCUAUAUUCAUCCCACAUAUUGUGUUUAACAUCACUUUUGUUUUCUGUUGUUACAAUGACUGAGCUAGUUGAUCAGUUGUCAUUGUUAAUAUAAAAAUUACUUCUGCACAAUCCUGCACUUCCAUAGUUGCAGCAUUAAUUUGACAUCAGUGGAAGGAAAUCUUGGUCCCAGGAUUAGAAUUUCAUCAAGCCUAGUGUAUAUCAAAUAGAAAUGGUAUAGAAAGUAAUUCUUUCUAAUGACUAUAAAGGAAAAGAAAAAACAAAGAUCAAACAAUUCUCAAAAUGCAGGAGAACUGCAGUAAAUUCUUGUAGGAUAUUUAGAGUAGCAUACUUUUCCAAAUUUUAGGAAUUUCUAGAGUUCAUAAUUCAGCCAGACUGGCAAAUUUAAUUUCUUGUUUGAAGAGACUUACUCUAGGCUUUCCAUGAGAUGGGUAUGGUUUUGGGUUUUUGUAAAUUAAUAGUUCAUCUUCGUGUUGGGUAGUUGCUUAUUCUGGUGUUGAACUUUUCUCCUACAGAAACAGGGAAAAGUGUAUUGCCAGGAGAUAAUUCUUUUUUUGUUCCUUCUUGCUACAUACUGUGGUCAUACUGACCACAUGCCCUGCUCUGGUCUUAACUGCAUUAGGUAACUGACUGCAGCAGCAUACUGCCAAUUGUUUCAUUCCUUAGCAUAAGUGUUAGUGGUUUAAAUUCGGAAAAGGAUCUCUCAGUCAAUCUGGGCAAGUCUCCAAUUCUUCUUAAUUUAGCAUUUUGCUUCUGAGUUGUUGGCUAAUAAUUGGGUAUUUUUGUCUUACCGUUUUUUGAAAUUCUAAUUUUAUUGGCACCAACUACACAAUGUCCUCUUACUACCUUCAGUUUGAACCUGAUACUUCAAAGCUACUGACUGCAAUAUUACUAGCUUUUUAUUUUUGUAUGAGAGAAAUUUUGGGGGAAAAUGAGGGAAAGCAUUCCUGGUUUGGGCUGGAAGUAGUAUUGCUUCACGAGAGCUGGAGUCGGUGUUCACUAAGCUUUCCACUAAUAUUUAAGUUCAUUCUAAUUAAUGGGACACAUUUCUAACCUUCCAGAACUGAAAAAUCUUUCUCCUGUUCCCUCUCCCACCCAAAGUGUAAAAUGAAUCUUUCUUUCAUGUGCUUCCUGAAGCAGGCAAACAGAAUGGAUGUUUUGCUGCUUUUGUGCAGUCAGCUUUGGCUAUGUGGACAGUAAUAUGGGCAGCAAGGGGGGGUCUUCGCCCCACCCCCCCCCGCCCUUUUUUUUUUUACUGUGAGAUAAAAGUUUCAAGUUGAUCCUGUUCAUUGCAGGACAGAUUAUGUUCUGUGAAUACCAUGAAGUCUAUCAAAAUGGACAUCAAUUAGACUCCUCAGUGGCAGUAUCAGCAGAGAACCUCAAAAGCAGGUUAACUGGGGUUUUUUUUCCCAUUUCUGUUACAUUUCCAUUUUAGGUGAAGCAUUUUGUUGAACCACCAGGUUAUGUACAGCUUGUUUGUCUAAACUUAAAUUUAGACUUUAGCUGUAAACUUAAUACAGAGUUGGUAAUUGCAAUUUAAAAUAUAUUUUAAAGAUCUGAAAAUAACAAAAAUACUCGGAAAGAAAUUUUUCCUCUAGCACUCUUGAAUUUUUCUAGUUAGCUAUUUUCCUAAAUUAAGAAUAUGUAACUAAAUUUAUUCAAGAAAAUUAAUGUUUUAAAUAAUGGCUGCUGUAUCAUUGGUGAAAUUCCAUUUCUCUUGAUGCAAAUUACUUUGGAAACAGUAGGGAAUGAUUGAAACUUUAUGUAAUACAUUAGUAUAUUUGCAUCCCAUUUUCAUAAUGAAGCUUCAGUAUUGGUACUGUGAAUCUAGAACUUGUGUUUUCUUACUAAGUAUGGAAAUCUCUGCUGUUACUUCAAGGAGUACCUCAAUUACUUUUUACUUUCCUGAAGUAUCUUACAAUAUGUUAAGUUUUUUAUUCUUUUAUUGCUAUUUAAGUAAUUUAUCUUCGCUGUAAAGUACUGUGAUCUAAGAUGUGGGAGAUCUAGAUGGUAAAUGUUCUUCAAUACAGGAACCUUUCCUGUUCUCCCUGAAGAGCUCUUUUGUGCACAGUGUCAAAUACCUGAAAGCAUUGGAGGGAUGCUUUGAAAUUGAAUGUGUUCUUGGCUAUGUUGUGGGGUUUUUUUAAUGCUGGUACAUCUCUUUGUUAUCCUGAACUAUACAGCUUCUCAUUAGUUACAUACUGUUAAGGUCAUUAUAGUUUUCAGUAAACAGCUUUGAUGUGUGAUUGCUGCACCUUUUUCAGCCUUCCUCUCCUUACUCCAAAAAAGAGUGGCUACAGGGAUGUGGGAGUGGAUGUCUUACUAUGUUUGUGUUAGUCUCUCAACUUCUAACUUUUUCCUGCAUACACAGAAAUUAAAGGUUGUUAUUCAGUCCCAAUUAUUUUACCAAUGGCUGUUGCAGUGCCUCAGGUCCUAGAAUUGCAUUUCUGAAGACACGAUACUUUUAAUGUCUUGGGGUAAAUCUUAGUGUUACAAGGGAAAAGGCUUUUUUUAAAAAUUAUAUAACACAUCUUUAGAAUGGUUUUAAAGUAUUUUAUUAUGAAUCCCAGUUAUAGAUACAGGUUUAUAAUAUAUAAAUAGAGCUAUGGUAUACUGAGAGAAUCUAUGAAAGCAGCUUUUAAUAUGUUGUGACAUAAAAUAACAGUGAACAAAUUUAAAUGGGGAUGGAAGUGUUAAAAAUGGCUGGCAUAAAGUCAAUCUGUUCAAGAAUUAUUGUUACAUUUAUUAAAAUACUAUGUCAGGUGGAUAUUUUUUUCUUCCCUGUUCCCCACUCCAGGUGCACCUUACCCUCUUACAAAGUAAAUCUUUUUACAGUCUAAAUUUGAUGUGCAUUUCAUCUUUUCAGAUAAUGUUAAUGUGGUAUUGUUGUUUUUUGUUGUGGGGUUUUUUUUCAAAAAAUAAAUCCACCAGUGUCCUAUCCAUUUCCCAUUGUUUCUGACAUGCUUUGAUUUCUUUGGUUGAACUACAGCUUAAUUCAAGCUAUUUUGCUGACUACUGGAAACUUACCUGGUAAAAUGUUAUUAAAAUAUAUUCAUAACUCCUGUCUAUUUACUUUGCAAUGUGUAACAAACUGUGAGUGUCUAUUGGGAAACAAUGUGAACAAAGUGGAUAUGUCAGCUUAUGAUUUAUAAGCAGCUGUUCUAUAUUGUUGAAUUAUUAUUGAUGAAUAUGUCUCCUUGCAUUUCAUGGUUUUGUCACUGAAAAUAAACAUACUUAAUUAUAUAUGUAAAAUGGGCUACUUGAUUUUUGUCUCUGAGACUGGGGUUAUGUUUGUACUGUUUAAAAUGCAACUAGCUCUCAUCUGUGAGGUGGAACCUUUACCUGAGACUAAUUAGAAGUAUAAAUUAUAAAGGUGUUAGCAGGAGGAUUUAAAAAAAAAAAAAAAGAGUAAUUCCCAACAAGAUGUCACAUAGCUGAGUUAGGUGGAUGUUCUAAGGAUCAGAAUUCAAGUGAAUUCAUUACUGUGUGACUUUUAAAGUGCUUUGAGACAGUAUCUCUUCUACCUAAACCAUGUCCAGUUACUGAGAGAGCUUUCAAUGAGUAAAUAUACUUGUGUUUUCUACAUUCAAAUUUGUCAUUUGGAGCCAAAAAAUUUAGAUAAAUA